UUGUAAAAAACUCUAUGGUCUCUAUGGCAGUCAUUGAACCGUCAACGCUGAACGAACGAACGACAGCGAAUCUAGAGGCCCCGCCUAUAAACCCGUGAAUUUUAUUAAUUUAGUUGGUUUUUAGCGAAAUGACAUUGUUAUAAAAGUAUAUUUAGAUCUGCAAGAGAGGAGAGUGAGAAACAUGGGUACCCUGGAGUUGUUAUGUUUAAUAGCAGCGGUUUCGCAAGCCGCCGCUGUUUUGACGUCACCGCCUAAAAUAGUGAAGCAGCCGACACAAGAGGAACUGCUGUUCCAAGUGGCCCUGCCCGGGGAAGUGGACAAACCUUUUAUCAUCGAGUGUGAGGCAGAGGGCGAACCGGCACCUAAGUACAGAUGGGUGAAAAACGGCAAGCCGUUCGAGUACACCAGCUACGACAAUCGCAUCUCCCAACAGCCCGGGCGGGGCACCCUCGUCGUCGGCAAGCCCCGGGACGAGGACCUCGGCCAGUACCAGUGCUUCGCCGAAAACGAGUGGGGUACGGCCACAUCCAACUCCGUGUUCGUCAGGAAAGCUGAGCUUAAUUCCUUCAGCGAAUCCGAUGGACCGGCCAAAGUCGUUCAGCCGGAAGAAGGGAAGCCUUUUAAGCUUACUUGCGCACCCCCAGACGGCCAUCCCAACCCCAAAGUCUACUGGAUGUUGCAAGGCAGCGAAGGGCAGUUGAAGACCAUAAACAAUUCGAGGAUGACGUUGGAUCCAGAAGGCAACUUGUGGUUCUCGAACGUAACUCGUUUUGAUGCGAGUGAUUUGAUGGCGUACACUUGCGCGGCCAAGUCUGUGUUCAGGAACGAGUACAAGUUGGGUAAUAAAGUGUUCUUGGAUGUGAAGAAGACUGGUAUAUCGCCAGCGUUGAACAAGCAUGCUCCGGUGAAGCAGUACACUACGAGAAGGAGGGAGAAGGGAUUGAAGGGGAAGAAAGUUGAGCUGUAUUGUAUCUUCGGUGGAACACCGCUCCCUCAAGUGGUGUGGAAGAAGAACGGACGGACGAUAUUAUCCUCUUCGAGCGUAACACAGGACAACUACGGCAAGACUCUGGUGAUAAAGAACCCAGGAUACGAAGACCAGGGGAGUUACACUUGUGAGGCCAGCAACGGAGUGGGCGAAGCGCAGACCUACUCCAUCGAUCUUGAAAUUGAAGCGGCGCCCUUCUUCACCGUGGAGCCCCAAAUCCAGAAUAUGGCGGAGGGCGAGACCGCCGUCAUCCGCUGCGAGGCGGCCGGCCGGCCUUCGCCCCAGAUCUCCUGGAUCCACAACGGGAAGCCCAUUGAACAGGCCCCGCCGAACCCACGGCGACAAAUCACAGCCGACUCAAUCACGAUUACUGACCUGCAAAAGAAGGACACUGGAAAUUACGGAUGCAACGCAACCAAUUCCAUCGGCUACGUAUAUAGGGAUGUCUACAUCAACGUGCAAUCUAUCGAGCCAGAGAUCAAGGAAGGUCCGGCAAACAUAACCAAAGUGGACGGAUCGGAAGCAGUGCUGCGAUGCCGUGUGUUCGGCGCCCCGAGACCCAUCGUCAGGUGGAUGAAGGAUAACGUGGACCUCACGGGUGGAAAGUACAACAUCACCCCCGAAGGCGACCUGGUGAUACCUGAAGUGUCGUUCACAGACAUCGGCGUGUAUCAGUGUUAUGCGAAGAAUAAGCUCGGAGAGAAGACUGCGUUUGGUUCUUUAGAUGUCAAGAAGCGCACGGUGAUCACGGACAAGCCAGAGGAGUACGUGGUGGCGGCCGGCAACCCCGCCACCUUCCGAUGCAACGCCAACGCAGACGACUCCCUGAAACUGGAGAUCAUAUGGCUCAUCAACGGCCAACCCAUAGACUUCGACAGCCAGCCGAGAUAUCGGAUGACGAACGAUUUCUCGUUGUUGAUCUCGGACACCAGUGAGCUCGAUUCGGGGGAUUAUACGUGUAUUGCGAGGACGGAGAUCGACGAAGCUAGUGCCCAGGCCUCGCUUAUUGUACAAGACAAGCCGAACGCCCCCAAGCUGGAGAGCGUGCAGUGCAGCGAGCGCACGGCCACGUUGCGCUGGUCCCCGCGCGGCGACAACCGCGCGCGCAUCCUGCGCUACUCCAUCCAGUACAACACCAGCUUCACGCCUUCCUCCUGGGACACCGUGUCCGACUCCGUGCCCACCGCCGAGGUCUCCUGGGUCAUCCCGCUCAGCCCCUACGCCAACUACACCUUCAGAGUGAUAGCCUGGAACAAGAUCGGGCCGUCGCCGCCGUCGGGGCACUCGCAGGUGUGCACGACGCAGCCCGACGUGCCGUACAAGAACCCCGACAACGUGGAGGGCAAGGGCUCCAACCCCAACAACAUGAUCAUCUCCUGGGCGAAAAUGCCCCAAAUCGAACACAACGGUCCCGGAUUCUACUACCUCGUGUCCUACCGCCGCAACAUCACCGGUGAAAACUACCAGAGUCAGAAGGUCUCUGAUUGGCAACAAAUGCAGCUCGUCGUGCCUAACACGCCCACCUUCCAGCCUUACAGGAUCAAGGUGAUAGCGGGUAACUCCAAAGGCACAGCCAACGUCGCUCCAGUGGAAGUGUACGGCUGGUCCGGCGAAGACGUCCCACUGGAGGCCCCCACCAAUUUCACCCUGGUUCAGGUGGUGUCCGGCUCCACCGCCGUUCUCAACUGGAACCCGGUAUCCCCGGAAUCUGUACGAGGCCACUUCAAGGGAUACAAGAUCCAAACCUGGACCGACGGCGAGGAAGACAAGCUCAAAGAAAUCUUAGUCAAAGCCGACGCCACGAGCGCUUUGGUCUCCAAAUUCAAACCCUACAAGAAGAAUUACGCAAGGAUCUUGGCGUACAAUGGAGUUUUCAAUGGCCCGGCCAGUGAGACCUUGAGCUUCUUAGCUCCCGAGGGCCCGCCGGGGACGGUGCGGUCGUUCGAAGCUUAUCCUUUAGGCUCAUCGGCUAUGCUGCUCAAGUGGGAGAAGCCUAUGGACGAAAACGGCAUCUUGACAGGCUACAAAAUAUAUUACCAAGAGAUCAAAGACACGGAAUUGGGUCCGAUCCGCGAGAGGAAGAAGGAGAUCGAUCCGAAAUCGGACCACGCGAAAUUAGCCGGCUUGCAGCCGAACACGAAGUACAGGAUCGAGAUUCGCGCGAAAACGAAAGCCGGGGAAGGGGACAAGUAUUACGUGGAGCAAACGACUAAAGGUGUAGUCGCGGCGACGCCGGACGUGCCCGUGUUCUCGACGCAGACGCUGGCGGCGCGCGAGGGCGCGGCGCACGUGCGCGUGCGCUGGCUGCCGGCGCCGGCGCGCGCGGCGCACGCGGGCUCGCACUUCGUGGCGUGGUGGAGGUUGCGAGGCCGCGCGCACUGGGCGCGCUCCGCCGACGUCACCGACGACGACUUCGUCGUGCUCACGGGGCUGGAGCCCGCGCAGGAGUACGAGGUCAAGAUCACGGCGCACGACGGGAAGUACUUCAGGGAGAGCGAAGUUCAAAUUGUCGACACUACCAUUGACGGGCCGAUGAUAAUGCCGCACGAUAAGAUCGCGACGGCCGGCUGGUUCAUCGGCGUGAUGUUGGCGCUGGCGUUCCUGCUGCUGGUGCUGGUGCUGGUGUGCGUGGUGCGCCGCAACCGCGGCGGCAAGUACGACGUGCACGACCGGGAGCUGCAGCACGGCCGCCGCGACUAUCCCGACGCUGGCUUCCACGAGUACACGCAUCCGCUGGACAACAAGUCCCGUCACUCGAUGAGCAGCGGCACCAAGCCGGGGCCCGAGAGCGACACGGACUCCAUGGCCGAGUACGGCGAGGGCGAAACUGCGGGUAUGAACGAGGACGGCUCCUUCAUCGGCCAGUACGGCCGCAAGCGCCGGCCCCCGCCAGGUCGGUUCACGGAAGACGGGUCGUUCAUCGGACAGUACGUGCCGGGCGCGCGCGCGCUGCCGCCGCCGCCCGCGCCCCCCCCUCCCGCGCCACCCGCGCCCGCCGCCGGCGCCGCGCCCCCCACAUACGUCUAGGGCGCCACCACACACACGUCUAGUCGUCGGUUUCAUUGUUUCUAAUGGUUUGGUUCGUAAAGGAUUUCUUUGCUCAUGUUUAUGUUUCGGUUGAAAAGUUCAGAUAAAUUUAAAAGUAUGUGAUGAAUUCUCGGUUAAAUAUUAAAAAAAAUAGGUUUAGGAAAAAAUUGAGCAUAAAAUACAAUUGUUCCAUUACUAAUUGGAAGUUAAUAAUAAAUUAUAAUACUGUGCUAUGUAUUAUAUGUGGUCGUCCAAAUCAAAAGGGACCUUAUGGCGGCUGACACUUAGGUCUUUAUUGCCGUUGCCGUUCCAAUACAAAACAAUGAUAAUAAUGUCGUAAGUACCGGACGCCGUAACAUCCCUUUUGGUAUGGACGACCAUAUGUACCUAUUCACCUAUAAUUUUGAAAAGUACUGAGAAUGAAAUCCUUUACAAAUAAAUUGUAAAACCUUCUGUAUUAAAAAUGCUUGAUUGUGUUACGCAUUAGAAACUAAAAAUGUUUGAAUCUCGAUUGGUUUAAACGUAAUCGAUUUACAAUAUCGAGUACGCGUUUCUGUUUCAACAAUUUAGGAUUGGGACGUUUCGCAAUGAAAUAAAAAUGUAAACUUGAUGGAAACGUGUGAUUACUGAAUAAAGCAAUCUUUUUAUUCUCAAGCACUGCAAAUGUAACAAUGAAUUAAAUAUAUACAUUUGAACAGUGUUUUAGUAAUGUUCUAGAAAUAUCAUAGUUCACAAGUUUGCAGUUUAUUUACGCAACAAAAAGACGACAGACACAGAAUUGAUAUUAACAAAAUACUGCCAUCUAUAAAUAUUUUGACUGCUGUGUUAUUUUGGCAGAUAAAUGUUAGGCAGCGUAUCAUUUUUCCAUAUUUAGUUGAAAUUUAUAGGUUAGGGCCGAAAAUAGGUUAAGCAGAAAUCGGAGCCUGCAGUAUGUUUAUCUGGCCCUACUUGUCGGUAGAGCUAUUAGAUUUUUUAUAACUGUCACAAAUUCGAAGUGAAUC